UACGGGCAGCAGACGUGCCCGGGUAUGUGCCAGAGCCUCCUUGUUCCCCGGGAGAGGGGAGGCCAUAGACCCAGGCACAAAGAGCAAAAGCGGCUGUCUUGGCGCGUCGUGGGGCGGGCGGAGACCCCGGCAGAGGGGGAGCCUGGUGCGGGUACAGACCGCGGCAGCUUCUCGGGGACUGUGAAUGGGAGACAGCGGAAGCAGGCAGCACCUUCCCCCCGGCUGGCACAGAGGGCAGACGGGCCCCCGAGGCGUAGGGCCGGACGGAGCUGUGUGUCCGUGCGGAGCCUGGCCGCCCGCCCGCCCGCCCGCUCGCUGAGGGACUAGCCUGAGCGGGCUCUGGCUGACGCUGAGGAGCCGGUCCCCACGCUCUGUCUCUGGCGGGGAGCAGGGGAGCCCGGCCACAGCGCCUGUGGCGUGCAUGAGCCUGGCGCAGCCCGAGGGGGACAUGGAGGCUCCGGCUGCCGGAGAUUCUUCAGCCGCUCCCGCGCUAGUCGGCGGCCCGCCAGAGGAGGGAGAGCAGCAGCCGGAGGAGGCGAAUGCUGGGGACAGCAGCCCUCGCUGCCGCUGGCAACAGAACCUGAGCCCGGAGCUCCAGCAGGGUUACCGGAUCCUGGGCGAGUUUCUGCUGGAGAAGCACCGGCCACUGACGGCUCCUUUUCUGAAGCCCCUGCGAGACCAGUCCGCCGUUGCGGAGGAAGGAGAAGCCACCUCCCUGGCAGGUCGCAGCGGCAGCGACUCUCUUCCACAGCAAGCGGCUGGGAUGUGGCUGCUGAAGAUGGAAGAAAAAUUUUCCAGUGGACAAUACGCUGGAAUCACGGAUUUCGUGGCCGAUUUUCGGCUAAUGCUUGAGACGUGUUACCGGCUGCACGGAGUGGAUCACUGGCUCUCCAGACAGGCCCAGAAGCUGGAGAUGAUGCUGGAACAAAAGCUGGCGUUGCUGUCCCGGCACUUGAGAGAGAAGACAACAGUAGCAGUAACAUCCAAAGGGUACUAUGGGUUGGAAGAUGAGAAAGGAACAGCAUGCACUUCAACAAGGCGUCGUUCCACACCUCGCAGUUUAGCAGGCUUGACAGCAGGCAUUUUUGAAUCCAUAAUGGUUCAGGUUCUGAGACAAGAAGAACAACAGAGAGCAAAAGAAGAAAAGAGGCUACGAGAGCAAGAACGAAAAGAGGCAGAAGAAGCUAGUCAGAAAGAAAUAGAAGAAUGGGAAAAGUCACUUUUAGCUGAAGCAGCACCUACAAGGAUGGAGACCAUGUGGGAAAUUCCAGCUAUUGGUCAUUUCCUUUGUUUAGCACAACAAAUUCUAAACUUGCCUGAAAUAGUCUUCUAUGAGUUGGAACGUUGUCUUCUAAUGCCUCAGUGUAAUGCUUUUUUAUCCAAAAUAAUGACUUCUUUGUUAAGUCCCCCUCAUCGCAGAUCUACCUUGCAUCGAAGACCAACUCUUCCUUACAGGACGUGGGAAGCAGCACUUAGGCAGAAAGUGCAACAGUGGUACACUGUUGUAGGGCAAACUGACAACCCUGAUGGCUGUGCAGAAAAGCUUGGGCUGUGCCCUCAGUUUUUUAAAGUCCUUGGGGAAGUUAAUCCUUUGGCGGGAAAACCAUUUCAUGAGCUCCCUUUCUACCAAAAAGUAUGGCUGCUGAAAGGCCUCUGUGACUUUGUAUAUGAAACACAAAAAGAUGUUCAAGAUGCUGUGCUUGGGCAGCCUAUCCAUGAGUGCAGGGAAGUGAUCCUUGGUUAUGAUUUCUUGGAGAAUGCCUAUGUUCAUUUUCCACAGUUCUGCGGUGCUGAUGUACGGAUUUACAAACAGAAGCCUUUUCAAGCCCCUGCAUUUCCAGCUCUGCCCAUCAAAGUAAAAAAGGUACCACGGAUUAAAUUAGAGAAAGUGAAAUGUGAGUAUGUCAGCAGAAGCAACGGGGAAGUCAGAUUUGGUGGUAGAGAAGAGCGGCUACCUCACUGUAAGAUAGAAGCAGGGAAAAGUAUGGAUUCUCUUCUUUGUUGUCCAGCAAAAAUUCACUUGGAUAGCUUCAGUAUCACCACAGAAAAAGAAAUGAAACCCAACUGUGAAAUUAAAAUGCAUAAAGCCUGUGACAAAAAAAACCCUGGCUGCUGUAAAGAGAACCAGGAGAAGCCAAUUAGUCCAGGAGAAAUUGUUGGCUUUGGGGAACCUCUCAGCCCAGGAGAAAUCAGGGUUGUAGAAAAUGGAGAGAGAGAUCACGAAGCUUCCGUAAUAAAAACUGAGCUCAGCCCAUUAAAAACAAAUACCCUUAAAACCUGCCAAGUACAUGUGAAUGGGAGUCAUAGCAAGAAUCCAGACAUGAAAUGCCACAAAGUUACUAGAGAAAUGAUUUUGGAGAAUUCACUAUGGAAUAAUAAGAAACUAAAACUUACUAAGAUGCGGGCGAAAAAGAAGAAAAAGAAAAAAAAGAAACUGAAAGACAUUUUGAAUGCACAUCUGCAGAGAAAGCAUGAUGACCAGCAAAGAAAGCGUGAGAUUCAUCCUCACCCAUUCAAAACUUACAAACCUGAGAUCCAGAAUAAGUUUUUUAUCAUAAAAAAGAAAGAAAAACACAAGAAGCACAAAUCUGGAAAAAAAUCCAUAUCUAAAAAAGCAAUUACAAAGAAGAGGAAAGCUGUCACAAAGCCUUCGGUGCCAGAAUUUCAGGUAAAUGUCUUAAUUUUUGUUCUAUAUACUUGAAACUAAAUGUCUUUACAGCAU